AUGGCCUCUUUCUUCAAGAACGCAUUUGGAGGCGAAAAGGCCCCCGAGGCCGCGAGCCCAGACUCGGACUUCGCCGACUUUGCCGAAGCUCCCAGUCCAGCUCCUGAGGUCGGAACCCAGGAUGCGACAGUUGGAAGUGCCGCUGCCGCUGCCACUCAGGCUCCCUACACCAAGUGGUACAACGUCCAUGAGCGUCACUCCAUCUCCGAGUUCAGGAUGGAGGGCCUCAUCCUCCUCGUCUCAAGUUUCAUCUUCUUGUUCCACAUGAUCGGCGCUCGUCGUAACCGCUCUAGAGCCAAGGGCUGGAUGCGUGCUCACGCUCCCAUUAUCCAGAAGGAGUACGCUCUCGUCGGCUUCGGUGGUGUUCCCACAGUGAACAACGAGAAUCUCAACACCGACACCCUCAUCAAGGAGAAGUCCCUCUUUGAAUUCGCUACCUACGCUACCGGCCGCCAAAACACGGCUUUCACCGAUGUCAAGCUCACUCUGACCAAGAAGUUCAAUCCCAUUGUCAACUGCUUCGAGCACCUCGCCGGCUUCUUCGUCGAGUCUGUUGCCGCACCCAAGGAUGUCGCUGAGGUCCUGACCUACCCCUUCGAUGGCAAGGAGAGUCUCACUGUUCCCUCUAUUCCCGGUGCUGAGGUUCGCAAGGACAACAAGAGCACCUACGAUGGUUUCGUUUGGGGUAUCGUCCACAAGGAUGUCAUGCGCCGAGUCCGUGACGAGCGAUACGACGUUUCUCUCACUUUCACCAAGGAUCAUCCCAAGCUUCCUGUUUGGCUCACCGUCAUGAGCGAGAGCGCCGAGAUCACCGACACCCUUCUUACCCCUGAACUCAUUGCUGCUGUUGAAGCCGCUGGUGACAAUUUCGAGUACCUGAUCAUCUCCGACCAGCCUGUCGACAAGCCUCUUACUCUUGAGGAGACCACUCCUCGCAAGCGACUCUUCCUCAAGUACUCUCUUCCUUCCGGCGAAAACUACGAUACCCUCUUGCCCCUCUUCUCGCACUACCUCCAGCUCCCUGACCUCCUUGUCAAGGUUGCCCACUUCCGCCCCGAAGUCACCAAGAAGGUCCGCACCAUUCGUGACCACGCCAUUAACGAAAUCAAGAAGACUGCCGAGAGCCAGCGACAAGAAGAGCUUGCCCUUGAGAAGGAGAAGACCCGCAAGGCUAAGCGUGAUGCUGAGCUCAAGGGUCUUGACGCCAAGGCUCAGAAGCGAUACCUCGAGAAGGAGAGGGAGAAGGAGAUGCGCAAGAGCCAAAAGCGACAGACUCAGCGAGCUUAA